AUGGCUUCGUGGCUUCAAAUUCCCAAGAACUCGCCGUUCUCAUUGGCCAACAUCCCGUUCGGCAUCAUUUCUGCGGCUUCAUCCAAAGUUCCCGCCAUCGCGAUCGGUGAUUAUGCUUUGGACUUGAACGCAUUUGCUUCCUCCGGGGGUUUCUCUCAGCUGCCUUCCAUUCAGCAACAUCUGAGUGUGUUCAACCAACCCACCCUCAAUGCUUUCGCCGAACUAGGUCGCCCUGUGCACCGUCAGGUGCGCGAGUACUUGCAGAAUGUCUUCCGCGCCGACACACAGUACCCGCAGGUCCUCAAGGACAAUGCGGCCUUGCAAAAAUCCGCACUUAUUCCCCGCUCACAAGUGACCAAUCACGUCCCCAUGCAAAUUGGUGACUACACCGAUUUCUACGCUGGAUUGAACCAUGCCUACAACAUCGGUGUUCUCUUCCGUGGAAAGGACAAUGCUCUGCAGCCGAACUACAAGCACCUGCCCGUCGCCUACCACGGGCGUGCUUCAUCUGUCGUCACUUCUGGCACCCCUCUGCAUCGCCCGAGCGGCCAGAUCCUCGCCAACCCAACCGCCGAUCCCAAGAUUCCCACCUUCUCUCCCUGCAAGAAGCUAGAUAUCGAGCUGGAGUUGGCUGCUUUUAUCAGCAAGCCCAAUGAGCUGGGCAAGCCUGUCUCCAUCGAUGAGGCCGAAGACCACAUCUUCGGUCUUGUUCUGAUGAACGAUUGGUCUGCUCGCGAUAUCCAGGCUUGGGAGUACGUUCCCCUGGGACCCUUCAAUGCUAAGAACUUCGGUACUACCAUUACUCCCUGGGUUGUUCUGAUUGAUGCUCUCGAGCCAUUCCGUGCUCAGGGUCUGGAGCCUGGAAACCGUGAAGGUCUCCUUCCUUACCUCCAGGAAAAGCGCGCCGAGAAUGCCUACGAGAUCCCGCUUCAGGUUGAGGUUACCAACAAGGGUGGUCAGCCUACAAUUAUCUCCAACAGCAACGCUCGCAACCUUCUCUACUCGUUCCCCCAGAUGGUUGCUCACCACACUAUCACUGGUUGCAACUUGAGAUCGGGUGAUUUGUUGGGAUCUGGUACAAUUUCCGGUACUGAGCCUAAGUCUCAGGGCAGUUUCCUGGAGCAGACCAAUGGCAAGGUCCCACUUAAGCUUGCCGAUGGCUCAGAGCGUAUGUUCCUUGAGGAUGGAGACACCGUAAUCCUGCGUGGUCUUGCCGGUACCGAAGGCAACUAUGUUGGUUUCGGCGACUGCGUCGGCACCAUCUUGCCUCCAGUCUCCUUCUAA